ACCUCACGUGGUGUGGGAACAACAUGGCGGCUUGCCGAGAUGUUUUUGGCCAGAAUCAACGCCCUUGCAGAAAAAAAGCCAACCAAAACUACCUUCAGACAAACACGGCUGAAAUUGAGCUGAAUUUGUGCUAUAUGCAGUAUAUCGAUCAAUACAUAGGUAAUGGAGUGUUUGCUAGGCAAGAGCUCUUGAAGGGGCAGUUUAUUCUCGAGUACAGAGGAGAACUAUGUAAACAGCAGUCUGAUGGUGAUGAAAUGUUCAAAUACCAUUUCAGACAUAACAACAAGGAAUACUGCAUCGAUGCCUCAAAAGACACGUGUCUGGCAUGCAUGGUCAACGACUUGGACCGAUACACAAAGCCUAAUUGCAAAAUGGUUAAAGUUGUUGAUGACAGACAUCAACCAAGACUCUGUCUGUAUGCAACUGAAAUGAUCAGCAAAGACACUGAAUUGAGGUACGAUUAUGGUGUUGCUGAUGUACCUUGGAGAAAGCGAAAGAUGCUGUUAAAGAUGGUCAUACAGCUGCAGAUACUACAGAGGUCACAGAAACAUCUGAAGAUGCCCCCGGUGAAUCAGCAGAAGUCUUGGAACAUGCUUAUCAUGUUAAACUUGAGUGCUAUUUAG